UUUCAGUCGCUUGACCACUCCAUCAACGACCCUCUCUUCUCCACCACCACAUCCUCAAACACCUCUCAAAGCCAUGUCCGUCGCUGGUGACAAACGCAGGAGGGAUGCAGAGGAGGCGCUCUGGCUGCAGACGAAGGGUGGUCUUUUGGGCGGUCUGCGGUGGACGGGAUACGGUCUCUUUGCUGUGACCAUCGCUAACUUCACCAUUCCGGUGUUCAGGAGGCAAACUCUCGCCAUCAAGGGUUUCUUGGUUACCUGUUCCACCAUCUUCGGUCUCGUCGUGGGCGCCGAGACUUACCUGCAAGGGUAUGAACAAAAGCAGCGCGCAGAGGAGAACGAGCUCCGCCGUCAGGCACGGUACGAGCUAGCUAAGAGGGGGAUGAUCGCCACCGAGACCAACAUUGCCAAGUGGAGGGAGGAGCAAAAGCAGGCUCUUGUUGACGGCGGCAAGAUCCCCGAGGGAAUCAUCCCCACUGUGGCUGCCGGGAAGACCUCAUAAUAGGCACCAUUACGUCGGUGGCCCAUUCUUCAUGCAUCGGUCACUGUGUACAAUAUCGCGGAUGGUAAUAUUACAUUCAGCAUUGUCCAUACAUAUUGUGUUUCUAUUGUGGUGCCAUUCUGCCUUGUCAAUCAAAA